UGAAAAUUACUUUCAAGAUGGUUACUUCGCUGGCAACUACAUUAUUAUAUCCUUCUUUAUUGGUGUCCAUUGCGACAAAUUUAAACUAUACAAUUGUCAUCGACGAUCAUGGAAUACCAAAUCUAAUCGAUACGAACAAACCUAAAUUUACACAAGUAGAUCUCAAAGAGAUCGAUGAAUCCGUGCAAAAGACCAUCUUCUAUUUGUACACUCGAAACAAUCCGAAAAUUGGACAGCAGCUAAUCAUCGAUGAUAUGGAUAGUGUAAAGAAGAGUUUUUGGAAUCCUAAUCAUCCCACUCGAUUCAUCACUCAUGGAUGGCAUGGAAAUUGCGAUGGAGGUUGCACCCAGAUUCGAGACGCUUUUCUUAAUGUUGGCGAUUAUAAUAUCAUCCUGAUCGACUGGAGGGACGCAGCCAAUCAUUCGUAUUUGAUGUCCGUAAGAAGUGUGCCACUCGUGUCACAACGCGUAGCCUUUUUGAUAAACUUCCUGGAGAAUAAUGCAAAUCUUGAUCCUAACAAAACGGUAAUAAUCGGACACUCUUUAGGAGCUCAUAUCGCGAGUCUCAGCGCUCGUUUCGCAGCUAGCAAAAUCGCCGAGGUAAUCGCUUUAGAUCCUGCAGCACUUUUAUUCGAAUCCAACGGACCAGGAGAAAGAGUGGACAAAUCGGAUGCGAUUUUAGUACAAGUGAUACACACCUGCACGAAAUUUGUAGGCAUAAAAUCAGCAAUCGGCACUUCUGAUUUUUAUCCCAAUGGCGGCGAAGAACAACCAGGAUGUGGUCCGAUCAAAUGGAUCGGCGAUGUCAAGGCGAUGGGAUGUGCUCAUUUAAGAGCUGAGAUGUAUUACAUCGAAUCCGUUACAAAUCCCACAGGUUUUCGCGCCAGAGAUGUGUUUAUGGGAGGACCAUCCAUCGAUCCAAACGCAAAUGGAACGUACACUCUGAAAACUGCCAGUGAACCACCGUUUGCACUUGGAUAA